AGCUGUCUGGACUGUCCUCUGCAAACAAACUUGUCUCUUGAAGGCCAUGGACAAUCAAACAUUAACAGACAUUGGGAAAAACAUGACAUCUACUGAGUCGCACAGGGAACUUGUUGAGGAUUUCACAGGCAGCCGCCAUACUGACUCUGAAACAGGGACGAUCACUCCCCUGGAUGAGUGUACACCACAUCCCGUACCGCAAAGGGACCAGGUGGUCAUGGACCACUUGGGGCAGCUUUUCAACCACUGCAUCCAGCAAGUGUCCCAUCUGGAGACGCGGAGGAACGAGCUGAUACAGGAGCUCCUCUCUCUGCAGGAACCCAUUCUGCGAGUCGUGGGGCACCUGAGGGGGAAGCUGGUGGAGACUCAGAGGCUGCUCACGCUGGCUCAACUGGAUUAUGUCGCCGUUUAUGAGGACGUGAAGGAGGUGAAGAGGAAACUGUUUGCUACAGCGAGAGACUGCAUCCAGAGCCAGGUGACGCUGGCUGAACAAGAGUAUGAGGUGGCUCAGUCUGCUGUUACACAGGAGGAGCUCAAGGCCCACAUCCAAAGUCUGACCCAGGAGUUGUCCCAGCUCCAGGAGGCCCAGCAGAACCAGCUAAACACCCUGAGGGACCAGGCCUCCAAGCCCCGCAGGCCCAGGGCCACGAGUGACGUCAGCCAGUGCCGGCAGGCUUCUGCCAGACUGCAGCGGCGGCUCAGCGGCAGCAUGAAGGCCCUGGAGUGCUGGUACGAGCCUCGGCUCAUGGCCCUGCUAAAGAGAAGGGAGGUCGGGGAGGAGUCCUUGAGGAAAAGCAGGGAGCAGGCCAUGGACCUGAGGGCCAGCCUGGGGCCCCUCAGAGAGGCCAUGCAGAGACUGGAGUUGCAGAGAGCCUGUCUGGAGCAUUGGGUCACUCUGAUGGAGGAGAGGGAGCAGAGCAUCACACAACACAAGGAGACUGUGGAGAAACUAAAAGAGAUUCUGAGAGAACUAGAAGUGGAGUUUGAGGUUCAAAGAAAAUCUAAGAAAAAUUUGGAGGAUCGUAAUGACAGCAUAUUGAAAGAGCUGACAUUUCUGAUAGGCAGUGAUGAACCCCGUGAAACCACUGAAGAGGAGGAUCCUUAAUAUUCUGUUUGCAGUGGAUACUUAUGCUGAUCUACAUUAUACCAUGGCAUAGAACUUACAUUUCAUAAAGAAAUUAUACAAAUAAUUGUAAAAUUCUGCAUAAAUUAAACUUUUCGCUACUACAGAAUUUACUCUUGAACUACCUAAAACUUAACAUCUGGCAUGCUGCGCCAAGAAGCAAAGCAAACCAAUUUACUGUAAACAUUUUAUUAUGAAUUUACUUAACUACACAAGAGACAGAUGCAGCACAGAAAAACAAAACCAGCACAUAUAAAAGUGACACACAGAAUCUGGAAAAGUCAUAAUAUGAAUAUCAAGCAAAUACAAGAACAGUAUGUACAACUUUAAUACAAAUGGAUCUUUGUAGAAAUUUAACUAACUAAACAGGAUGAAAAAAAAUAAAGCCAUCAAAAAGCAAACCUGAAUGUGGAACACAUCUGUAAAGAGUUGAGUACUGGGGAAAAAAAAUAUCUAAAAAUCUGGUCAAUAGAGACUUACUUUAAAUACAUCACAACAAGAUGACAACGCAGCAUUUUAUUCUUUAAAUGUUCUUCAAAAAAAAAAAUAAUCAGUUUUCAACAAGCAGGUCAAAUGAAGAGAUGUGGAGACUGAACUCAUGCCUGGACCUCUGCAUCUGCAGCACCUUCUGGGUCCUCGUCGUUGUAGAUGUUUUCAGCCUGGAGAAGAAACAAUUCAGAAGUUGAUUCACUGUAACUGCUAUUCAAUGUUAAUAAACGCACUUUGAAAUUCUACCUCAUGCAUGUGUCUGAUAUUCAUUGUUCCACAUCAUUUCACGAACCUCUGAAGUUCCCAAUAUGGGGACAAACAAAG